AGGGGCUGAGUCUGCUCUGUAGAGCUUCAGAAACAAAGUCCCAGAUGACUUUGAACGUUCCACCCCUUUAGUUCAUUCAUUCAUUCCUUCAUUCUUUUCUUUUCUUUUCUUUCCUUCUUCCUAGAUGAAAGGCGCCCUGACGAAAAUUAUCCAGCUGGCUACUUUGGAUCCAGACCCCUGGGUCUUGAUGGUGGCUGACAUUUUAAAAUCCUUUCCAGAUAUUGGCUCCCUUAAUCUUGAUCUGGAAGAGCAGAACCCCAAUGUCCAGGACAUCCUAGGAGAACUGCGAGAGAAAGUGAGCGACUGUGAAUCCUCCGCCAUGUUGCCUUUGGAAUGCCAGUACUUGAACAAAAACGCCCUGACCACCUUGGCCGGGCCCUUCACGCCUCCCGUCAAACACUUCCAGCUGAAGCGGAAGCCCAAAAGUGCCACUCUGCGAGCGGAGCUCCUGCAGAAGUCUGCUGAAACUGCGCAACAGCUGAAGAAGACGGCCGGAGUAGCUUUUCACGCCAAAGGAAGAGGGUUGGUGAAGAAGAUUGACACAACAACUCCACUCAAAGGGAUCCCCAAGCAAGCUCCCUUCAGGAACCCCACCGCGCCCAUCGUCUUCAGCCCCACGGGGAACCGGACCCCCAUCCUGUCCUCCAAAGUGCCUCUGUGCAAGGAGAGAGGCGUCAAGUACCUGGACAUCAAAGAGCUGAAGGCCGUGGAUUCCGGGCGGGAAGCGAAGAGGAGGAGGAAGACGUUGGAUACGGACGUGGUGGCCAAGCAGGCCAAGGAGGAGACGGUCGUAGAGAACGCCACACCGGAUUAUGCGGCUGGGCUCGUCUCCACCCAGAAACUUACUUCCCUGAACAACGACCCGGCGCUCGCUUCUACCAGCUACCUGCCUGCAGCGCCCAGCGCGGUGCCAUCCUCCUCUUACGUCCCAGGCUCUGACCCCCAGCCAGCUGGCUCCAUCUGGGACCCCCUGCAAGCUAAGGACGAAGCCGCUUCGGCCGCCCCGCCCACUGCUCUCCCGGCGGCUCAGUUCAAGCAACGGACGCCCAUGUACAAUAGCCACUUGAACCUGAGUGCGACUCCCGCGGUGGCGGCAGCGGCAGCAGCAACGCCAGCAGCAGCAACGGCAGCAGCAGCCCCACCCGCCGAGUCCCCGGUGUCUCCUCCGGUGACCUCCCCGGCAACACAGGGACCACCCACCGCUCCUCAGGAUGGCCCCCCUGCCAAGAAGGGCCUCUCUCUCACCAAGGAGCAGCUGUUUGCAGCCCAUGAAAUCUUCCAGGUGGCAAACAAAGUUACAAGGCCCGAGAAGGCGCUCAUCCUCGGGUUCAUGGCGGGAUCCAGAGAAAACCCGUGCCCGGAGCAGGGCGACGUGAUCCAGAUCAAACUGAGCGAGCACACGGAGGUCAUGCCGAAUCCCGACGGGAGCGGAAGCACCACCAUGCUGGUGGACACCAUCUUCGAGAUGAACUACGCCACCGGCGAGUGGAGCCGGCUGACGAAGCGCAAGCCCAUGACAAACGUUUCUUAAGCAAUCCCGUGACGGGGCGAUGCAGACCAAAUAGCGCCUAGAGUAAAGCCAGCUUCCAACGUUGUGUGUCCACUAAAGCAGAACGACAUUCCCCUGGAGGCCGCCUGGUGACCGGCCCUUGUCCCAGCCCCACAGUUGGCCAAAGGAGGAGGAAGGCGGGAGGAAACGGCAGCUCUCCAUCGCAGGGGUGAUGGUGGAAGGCGGCUUUUCAUCCGCCUGCCUCUUCUGAGGGAGGAGAGAAGGGGAGGAAGCCCUUCGCCAGCAGGGACCAGGGUUGACUUUCUCAGUUCCCUUGUUCAAUAGAGGCCCUGCUAUUUAUUUUGGCCGUUUCCUCUUUCCCCCUUUUGUAGCUGACUGCAAGUAGCGCCGGUCCUGCUGGGCGUCCCUCCUUGGGGUGGUUUUUCUGAGGUGAGAAGCCCCCAGGAUGCCCCUCCCUCUUCCUUUCGGCUUCUCAGGAUUGCACCAAUAAUAAACCUUCAUUUCCGUGAGAACAGCCGGUCCCCGCGUGUGUGUCCGUGCACCAGUCACGGAAAGGGGCUUCCUUUGAACCCGGACACGGUGGAAAGGGGCGGCCCCAAAGCUUACCCGCUCAGGGGCGGCCCGUGUGAGGGAGCUCCCCUCAUGUUGAAGGCGGAUGAGCAACUUCGGCUCCCGACGUCUCUCGGAACGGUUACAUUCCGAGAGUUUGAGAUGGGGGGGCUUCAGGCUGACGUAGCCAAUUCCAAGGAUCGCCUUGUGUGACGGGGGACCAGGCUGCGUGUGCGAAAGGCUGAUGGGGCGGAUGUCAUCACCCGGUGAAGCUUUUGGCGGAACCUGCUUCCCGCUGAAGCCAGUCAAAACAAUAACAACAAUAAUUAGGCCUCCGUCCCUGCUUUGCGGCACCGUCGCUGAAGGGUGAACCUGAGAUGGUUCGUCUCGCAGGGCUCAUUUUCUGCAUUCCUCUUUUCCAAGGCAUUAAGUGGGUCACCUUAGGGCUGCAGGGGCAUCUCUGGGUGUGACGUGGAUUGCAGGGGCAUCACCAUUGCAAAGGUCUCUCCCCCCCCCCCCCCCGAGCUUGGAACGGUUUUCUUAGUUUCUGGGCUCCUUAAUUCCCUGGUAAGCCUUUGAAGUCUGAGAAUUGACAGCUCAGUAGUUUUAGUCAUGUAUGCGGAGGAAGAGUUACAAAUAAAGAAUUUCUUUCUGUUCAUUGGAAUUGUAGGGAGAUGGUAGGAUAUUUUCUUUUUAAGUUUUGAAGGUCAAGGGAAACGGUUUGGGCUGGGAGGGGACGGAUUAAGGCUUGGCCAAACUGCAGCUGGAAACAAAAUCCCGAGGAGCCCCCUUUGGAGAAUCUUAAGCUAGAAAGAGGGGAGAUGGGAGCCUGUGAGGUUUUGUCUUAACGUACCUGAAAGGUGUGUUUGUUUCUAAAUUGUACCCAGGAGGCCGACCAGAAUCCGAAAAGCCUCACAAAGGUUUCAGAAGAGAUUCUUGUGCAGCUUCGUUUGAUUUAACAUUUCAGCCAGAGCUGAACCUAGAAGCAGGAUUUCGAACAAUCAGGGCUAGUUUUUACCAAAUUAUGUCGGUUGCAUGCAGCAUCAACCUGGCUUGUUUGGGUUGUUUUAAGAGGCCACCUGGCUACCUUCUUUUAGCGUUGGAAGCCGCCGCCCCCUUUCGGCUGGCAUGUAGCGUGACGUGUCCUAGCGUGUUCAAAUGCAGAGGCAUUAUUAGCUGUUUCUGGAGUAGAUUACAAUUCAUCUUUUGUCCAGAAACCUGGUUGGAAGUUAGACUGCAGUUUUCUGUGGAGUCCUUGUGGAGACAUGGAGCAAUACCACCUAGCAGGUGUUUGUGGGUCUGCUUUCAAGUCAGGGUCCCCUCCCCUCCCUUCUAGAGGAUAUUUACCGGGAGUGGGUGGGGACGGAGGCCAAGAAAAGCCCAGCUGGGGGCCACAGCGGUGUGUGACCUGAACAGGCCAGAACGGGGCAGGGCUUGGACUACAGAGUGGCGGCCGUCCUCCCUCCCUCCUUCCCCGCUGUUACAAGCUGUGGUGUGUCCAUGCGCUCCUGGGGUGGAAUUCACUCGGAGGAAUUCAAGGCAGUAAGACAGUCCAGACGGCUUGAGUGAAGCUGGCAUAUCUUGAGGGCGGUUUUGCAUGGUCCCCGGGGGGGAGGAGAGGCUUGCCCUGGUUGCCCAGCCAGCAGCUCUGACUUGAGUUUGAAGUCUUCGUUCAGAGUCGGUGCAAGGAAGGGUGCCGUGAGACACAGAAACCAUCAGGGGGGAUGUCCUCCAAGAGAUUCCGGUUCAGCCCUUGGUCUUUGCCUAAGCUCUGGGGAAACCCUCCUCUGGUUUUUAAAAAUCCCAUUUGGGCUGGCAAGUGCCCCCACUGUACGUAGAUCGAGACCAAGGGAGGCAUCUGUCCCGGAAGAACUUCCGCGACGCGCACUUUCUUGGACCCCUCGUCCUGCGCCUGGCCUUUGUAGGAUAAGGGCUAGAAGGAAGCGCUGGCAAGGCAGGCCGGAAGGGGACGUGGCAGGUGCCCAGGCUAAAGGAACGGGGCUACUCCGUGUCGCCAUGCUUGGCCUAGAAGGAGCUCCGUCCUGAUUCCGAGAGGGAAAAGACGAACGGCCAGUCCUAUCCGCCGUUCUGAUCUUUUUCCCCGGGGGGAGGGGAAAAAAGGUUUUUGAGUCUAAUUCCAGCUGUAAGAUUACUUCUAAUAUCCAACAGCCACAGCUUCAGGCAAACGGAAGUUAUUGUUGAAACAAACAUGCACCCUUCCCUCCCACCCGCCCUACCAGUUAGCGAAAGGGCCCCCCAGAAGUGGGGAUUUCCUCACCGUGCCCCCCAACCCCCAGGCCACCGACGGGACAGGCGAGAAAAGGCAAGGCUAGGAAUUGAGCCCCGAGACCUUGGAAUUCUGGUACUUUUUUAAACAAGCAAUGUUGUUUUGUAAAAUGUUGCCUAUCUAGUAGAGCAGGCCAGAUGUUUUCUAUCUAUUUUGUUUUUUGUACAGAUGUAAAUGCAAAACCUCAUGUCCUUGAGUACGUAUUUUCGGCAUAAUAUCUGUAAUAAAGUUCAGAUUUUUCUAAGUA